UCUAGUCGGUCAGUUCGCCGGAACGUGUCCCCCUGCGAGGGGUGCACGACAAUCAGUUGCUAGUGUGAUUUGGUUUUUCGGAAAACAGAGCGGAUUAAUUUUCCCCAUUGCUUUUGGCCUGCAGCUUGAGCUCGUCUCGUGUGUGUAUGUGCUUUGUCGUUUUUAAUCCAUCAGUAGUCGCGGAGAAGUGGUUCCUACGGGCAAUUAGCUAACCCUAAGAUUUGGAGUGUAUUUAACUGUGGGCGAGAGGGAGGUAGUGAGCAUCGGAGCGAGAGCAAUGGCCAAGUAACUAAAUUCAUGGUUUCGUAAUAUGUGACAUUUGCAGGGAGAAACAAUCCUCUCAUUUGUGUUUCUGAUACACGUGUCCCGGUGGGCCACGAGAAAGCGGGGGGAGAUGGUUUUGGCCUAUUUGUUGAUUUCGUUUUGCUCGUGGUGCACACUCUAGAAGAAGAAUGACAACCUGAAUAGAGGUGACUACCUUUUUAUUUUACAAGUACGAAAUAAGUGCAUACUCUCGGCAACUGGUUGCCACUGCGAAACGAUUGCGGCGUCUCGCCCAUUCAAACUGGCGUGAUAGGACACGCGAAGCGUAGAAACGAUAGGACGGAAAGACAAUAAAUAUUGUUGAGUGGAAAUAAAAAAUAACCUGGGAAACCCCUUCCCCCAUUUCCGCCAUAGAAGAUCAACACACAACAUUCGCCUUAUGGACACGACACUCUUACCAGAUGUAUGCUCAACAAGUGGCUUCCAGUUGCAGGCGACCAAACGCAUCGAUCACAUAUAAUCUAGUCCUAGUGUCAGUAAGAAAAAUGCGUACCUAAUCAUUGUGCAAAAAUACUAUUAUCAGGUGUGAAAACCCCCUCUCACAUAUCAAAACGUUAACUAGUGAUCAAGUGCUAAAAAGUGUGCCGAUACAUAUAGUAGUGCCAACAGUUUCCGUGGUUCAGAAUGACUCACGGACCACCAGCAUCGAAGAAACGUACCCAAAAUGGAACGAGCACAGUCUCCGGAACGACCUCGACCGACGUCGAAGGCAACCGACAGCCCACCGAGCAUGGUCUUCCACUGCCACCGGACGGUGGAUGGGGCUGGAUGGUGGUUUUGGCCUCGUUCUGCAUACAUAUCGUUACGGACGGACUGACUUACUCCUUCGGUAUCUUCUACGUCGAGUUCCUCAAAUACUUCAACGAGGGAAAAGGAUACACGGCAUGGAUUGCAUCAAUUCUGGUCGGCGUGACGCUAUGCUCCGGACCUAUUUCGUCCGCCCUGGUCAACAGAUAUGGCUGUCGAGCGGUCACAAUCGCGGGCUCCAUCCUGGCCGCUAUCUGUCUGGCGGCAAGCGUUUUCGCCCAAAAUGUCGCCACGCUCUUCCUAACCAUCGGCUUCGGCGGAGGGCUCGGCCUGGGGCUGAUCUAUUUGCCGGCCAUCGUCAGCGUCACGAUGUACUUCGAGAGGCUGCGAUCGCUAGCCACCGGCAUUGCGGUAUGCGGUUCCGGGCUGGGAACGUUCAUUUUUGCCCCACUGACGGAGGUACUCAUCCAGAAGCUUGAGUGGCAGGGAGCGAUACUGGUGAUCUCGGCCAUUGUGCUAAGUUGCGUGCUGUUUGGAAUAAUGUUCCGGCCGCUGGUGGCGGACGAGAGUGGAGCGUGUGCUAAAUCAGAUGUGCCACAUUCCAAUGAAUUAAACACCCUACAGGAGGAAGGCAGUAAUGACGAUGAGCAGACGGUUGCUCGGUCACAAAGCUUCCACAAUUCGUCAAAAAUUGCACUGAACUCGGAUGGACAUUCCACCAGCGGUCAUAGUCUUAACCGCAAAAUGAACGUAAACGAAGACAGCACCCGACUGGCAUUGAGUCAACCGCUGCUCACAGCACCACCCACGUACGAUCAGGCUAGCACGACAGGAGGAUCGUUGAUGAAACGGGCGGAAAGUGGAACCAUGUACCGCAAGGAUGCUCUCUACACCGGAUCUAUGCAUAACAUCGCUUCCCGCCAUCCAUCGCACGGUAGUCUGGCAACGUAUGAAAAGGGUGGCUACGGUUCGGUUCAGGGACAGAAAAUGCACAAACGAAAGGAUGCCGUGUGCUGCGGUUGUAUCCCAUGCUCACAGGAAACCGCCGACACCUUCCAGGAGAUGAUGAAUUUCUCGAUUCUCCGUGAUCCGGUCUUCAUUGUUUUUAUUGUUUCCAAUUUCCUAACCAGCGUUGGAUUUAAUGUGCCAUACGUUUAUCUGGCCGCGCAGGCCAGCGUGCUGAACAUCGGAACCAAAGAGGCGAGCUAUCUUCUUGGCAUUAUCGGAAUUGCCAAUACGGUAGGCCGUAUCAUUCUGGGAUACCUCUCGGACAAACCGUGGGUGAAUCGGCUGCUCGUUUACAACCUUUCGCUCACCACCUGUGGUCUUGCUACUGCCUUCUCCGUUUUGUGCCUCGACUUCAACAGUCUCGCCACGUAUUCGGCUAUUUACGGUUUCACGAUCGGUGCUUACGUCGGCCUCACCUCAGUCAUCCUAGUCGAUCUACUCGGACUGGAUAAGCUUACGAAUGCAUUCGGGUUGCUGCUACUCUUCCAGGGAAUCGCUUCCUUUAUCGGGCCGCCAUUGGCCGGCUUCCUAUAUGACAUCACGCUCUCUUUCGGACCGGGUUUCAUUUUGGCCGGCACAACAAUCGCCAUCAGUGGGGCCAUGCUGUUCACCAUUCCUCCACUGCAGCGACACCUCGGGCGGAAGCGAAUGGCCACGGCCACCGCCGUCACCGGUGACAUUCCGCUGCAGGAAAGUUGAAGCCAAACCUUCUGGAAGAAGAAGAAGAAAACAUACAUUGAAAGGCUGAGAUGGGGACGAUAUCAUAGGGAAGCCCGAACACAAUUUUCAUGUGAUAGUUAGCAGAUUUUUAGGAUAGCCCGGAGCCCUCAUUAUUAUGAUAAUGAUAAUGAUCAUACAAAUCUUCAAUACGUCAAGCAAAGCUAGCACAGCAAAUCCACGGAACCUCCAGGCUGUAGUCAGUAAUUUUAUCUUUCGAACCAAUCCUAGGCUAAGACAAUAAAGUUAUAUAUCAGAAGAGCUACCGUCAAACAUAUCGAGAAAAAAAAAUGGUGCGAAACUAGCGAAGCACAAAUCCCCAGCUUUUGUGAGGGACCACACAUAAUAGGGACAAUUAUUAAUGAUUAUAAACGGAAGAUGAGCGUAAGAGUUAAAGUUGUUACAAUUUUAAUCGCUGAUUUUUUUUCUACUUCGUCAUUUCUUCCGUACGUACUUCAAGUUAAUGUUAAUCGAAUUCCUUUCGUAGAAAAUAAUACCAAGUUAUAACGAUUCAAGAUGUGAUUGAACUUAUUUGUUAAUAAAUAUCACAUCCUUUUA